CCUGAGUGCUCGGUUCCUUCUGCCUCCGCCAGGCUCACCGUGCUCCCCUGAGCCGUCUGGGCGUCUCCCGGCCAUCCGGACUAGACAGUGGUCCUCCUUCCUGGCCUCCAGUCCCACUUCAGGAAACACCCCAGGGAUGACCGGGAAGGGGCGCUGCCCUCAGAAUUAUCCCUUAGAAGGAUGAGUGUUUGUGGAGGUUGCCCUUAUGAAGACGGGAAAUGUCGCUUUAAAUGCGUUAAAGGUUUAUUCAGUCCCCUGUAUCAGAGCCUAUAGUUGGCGCUGAUGCUGGUCUGCCAGCGGUAAGAGAAUGUGAGGACUCAGGAUCAGCUGAUCUCAUUCAGCCUUGCUUAGAUCAUUGGCUGUGCAUCCCGCAGGGCUGAGGGAGCAUGAGCCAUUUGCAGAACUUACUGUUAGAUACCCUCCUGGGAACAAAGCAUGUGGACAGUGCAGCCCUCAUCAAACUCCAGGAGCGAAGCUUGAGUGUAGCAUCACCAGGAUUUAGUGUAAUGCCCAGUGAUGUCCGAACUCUUGUGAAUGGAUUCGCCAAGAACCCUUUGCAAACCAGAAGAGAAGGACUGUAUUUCAAGGAAAAGGACUACAAAUGUGUCCGGGCAGAUGACUAUUCUCUUUAUGCUAAGAAUGAAAACACUGGUGUGGUUGUUGUGAAGACCCAUCUGUAUCUUCUGGUGGCAACUUACACUGAAGGCAUGUAUCCUAGUGUUUGUGUGGAAGCCACAGAGAAACUGGGAGAAUAUCUAAGAAGAAAAGGAAAUUAAGUCAUCAAAGGACCAUGAAAAACAGCUUUUGUUAUUAGAGGAAAUCAAUUCUAAAGAAAAAGUAAUGCCUUAUUUUGUGAUUGUAAAACACUAGGAAGAAGGUACCAAAAAGGAAGAAUGAGUUAAGGGAGCGAUUUUUCUUAUUUCAAGAGAUCCUCUUCUUUAAUUAGAAUUCUUUGAUAAGCUUUA